AUGGCCACCUACGGCGGCGGCUUCGCCGACUACACCAUCGACAAGGGCGACCUCAAGUACAGCAGCAGCAACAGUGGUGAGAUGAAGCUGUACGGCGUGAAGAACCACCGCCGCCCGGGGGUGAGCACCGUGGUGCGCCAGUACCGCCGAGCGCAGUACGACCCGGCCACUUCCCCUUACCUCAAAAUCCUCCGCUACCUCGCCUACAAGCACGCCCACAUAGUGCACACCUUUGAGCUGUUCGACGACCCGGAGACCGUGUACGCCUUCCAGGAGUGGGUCACCGGCGGAAGUCUCGCUGACUUCCUGGCCCAAAGUCCGGAGCCGCUGGCCGAGGAGAAGGCCGUCGGCUGGAGCCGCCAGCUGGAGCGGGCCCUCGACUACCUGGGCGACAUGGCCAUCGCCCACCGAGACCUCGCCCCGAAGCACCUGCUGCUGAUGCCGGCCAACCAGUGGGACCCGUCCAGUUCGGAGGUGACCCUCAAGCUGAGCGGCUUCAAGAAGGCGGUCAUCUACUGGAACAGCGCCCUGGCCGAUAUCAACUACCUGCCCUGUGAGGAGGUGAAGCAACCUGUUUCUGAAACCCUGAACUUCCAGCCGCCCGAGGUCUUCGGCAACCCGGCCACCGAGCAGUACGACCCCAUUCUCGCGGACACUUGGUCUUUUGGAGCGGUCGUCCACUACAUGCUCACCAAGGCGGUGCCCUUCAGCCUGCAGACCUUGCUGUCGCCAACAAUUUCUUCAGACGACAUUGAGGAGGCGAUCAAGGAGAGCAUCGAGCAGCAGCCGCGCCUGAAGGAGCUGGGCGCCAGCUGCCGCAGCUUCCUGCGCGCCCUGCUGCGCACCAACGCCAAUGAUCGCAUGCCGCUGGACUUUGUGGCCUCGCAGCCGUGGCUGCAGCAGCAGUUCAAUAAGGUAAAGUGUUUCGAAAACUUAGAAAAAGCUUUUGAUCUAAUCAAAGACUUACCCUCUAAUUCGUAG